UCGGUGGAACCCCUCAAUAUCAGGAAGCAGUUUUUGGUUAAAGAUUAAAAACAAACAAAAGUAUCUAAUACUAACUUGUCGAAGUCAUAAGGCUACAAUAUGUUGCAACAGUUGCUCACAAACUGUAACGGCUUCUGUUUGAUUGCUGUGCUUGUUGUUGUUAUUGUGGGCAUAGCUUCUGCUUCCAACCAAGUAGAUGUGGAUGAAGACCUAAAACACUUAAUAGGUCGCUGUCACAGAGAUCAAGCUAGUGACGAUGCUUACAACGAUUGUAUGAAAGAGGUAUUCAACGAUUUACGCGCCUAUUUUACAACAGGUGUGCCCGGUUAUAACAUUAAGCCCUUUGAUCCCCAUCGUUCAUCGUUCGUUGAACUCCGUCGCGGUGAUCCACAUGGCCCCGGCAGCUUGAAACUGAUUUUACGCAACGUUUCCGAGUACGGCUGGACGCGUUCCGAGGUGACAAAGUUUCACAGCGAUGCCGAAGAUCAGCGCAUUGUCUAUGCGCAAUACUUUCCCGAGAAAAGUCUCGAGGGUCAGUAUGAUUUUGUGGCUAAAGUGCUGGGUACAGAGCUGCGACGUCAGGGUCAUUGGAACCUCACACUAUAUGAUUACAGCCAAACGACGAGCGUGCGACGUGUUGGUGCGCCAGGAUCUCUGCUCAAGGUGCAUAUAGAGGUGGAUCAUAUAGGAAGCAUGGAGCUGCAUAUAGGCAAUCUGCUGAAGGGUCAGCCAUUGAAUCAAUUGGCGGACGGUGUCAUCAACAGCAUGUGGCAGUUGGGAUUGCCUUUUGUGCGGCCCAUGAUCAACGAGCUGGUCAGCACGGCAUUUACGGACAUAUUUAACGAAUCUUUUCGAUACUUUCCGCUGGAAAAGUUUCUUAGUCAGAAUUAAGCUAGUUGAUCAAAGAAUUUUUAUGUAUAUAUUUAAAAAUACGAUUGUUGAAUGUCGAAUAAAAGAGCAAGGGUAUGUGCAAUCUAGACAUCAGCUAGACUGCUAGCGACCAAA